GGGGCGGAGCUAGUUACAAAACAUUUCUGCCAUGUGGCGCGAAUUUCUCUCUUUCAAUUAUUCUCUGAGCGACCAGCCGAGCUGUGUUUAUCACCGGGAGUCUGUCACUUUGAACACAUAGCUCGUUAUAAGGGCCUUCAAAUGGCGACACGACGAAUAAAACGCGAAGCUGUCGUGAAGCUUCAAGUUUUGGAAAUGACUCCUGUGGACAUCGAGGGAGCAGUCCGACGAUCAUCACGAAACACUCUGGCACCUAAACGCCUCAAGUAUUCACCUGAACGCAACACGGAGGAUGAAACACAAACAAAGAAAAGGAGAACCAAAACACGCAAUGACAAAAACAGCCAAAACAACAGAAAGGACAUGAAGGAGGAGGACUCUGAUGUUGGAAAUAGUGAUGUGGAGCGUACAUCUGCCGGUAAUGGAGGACUUUCUGCAUAUGAACUGGAGCGUCUGGAGAACAUCAGACAGAACCAAGCGUUCUUGUCCUCUAUCAACUUAUACCAGGCAACUGAGGAGUUCAAGCAGUUGACACGGCCGAAGCCAUCGCAGAGAGGUCUCAUGAGGUCACAGGCUGCUGUAAAAGAAGUGCUGCCAGCUCGCAAAUCCCUUCGUCUCCAAAAUAAAGAGGCAGAGAUCUUAACACGUCCCCCUGAACCCAGUGGGACCUACGAACAGUAUGUACCAUCCAAGAAACCUGCUGGCCCUUUGCCCAUGGAUCCAAUAAACAUGGAAGAGGGAAGCAAGCUGCCUUCACAACUUCUAGAGCUCUGCUCCAGGGAUUCAAAAGAAGAAAGAAAGAUGGAGACUCAUCUGGAAAGGUACCGCUCAUCCCUCAAGAAUAUGAAGAUAACUGAAGACAGAGUGGCUAAAGUGGUGAAGGACCGGAUCUUCUCUGCUGCCUUCCACCCCUGCACCAGCAGCCUGUUGAUGGCUGCAGGAGACAAGUGGGGGAAAGUUGGACUCUGGAAGUUGGGUGGCGAUUGGGCCGAUGAUGGCGUGCUGCUCUUUGAGCCCCACACUCGUCCAGUGGGCUGCAUGGCAUUCUCCAGGGCUCAUCCCACCCACCUGCUGAGCCUCAGCUAUGAUGGCUCUCUACGCUGCAUGGAUGUAGAAAAGGCUGUCUUUGAUGAUGUGUAUGACAUUGAUGAUGGCCUGAAAACAUUUGACUUCAUGUCACAUGACUGUUCGACACUGGUGGUUGGGAACUUUUAUGGAGAAGUUGCCAUCGUUGACAGGCGCACACCAGGUAACUCGCACGAGUCCCUCCACUCAAUGGACCCAAAGACUCUACGUUGCGUUAGCGUCCACCCUUUACAGAGGCAGUACUUUGCUGUGGCUGAAAGCAAGGUAGUGAGUAUUUAUGACAGCAGAUGCCUGAAGAAGACCAAAAGCCAGACAGUCUCCCAGCUGCUUGGCCACUCUUUAAGCAUAUCGAGUGCCUAUUUCUCCCCUUGCACAGGGAACAGAGUUCUCACUACCUGUAUGGACAACCGCUUAAGGAUAUAUGACACAUCUGCAAUGACUUCUACAUCUCCCUUGCUGACAUCCAUCAGCCAUGACAUGCACACUGGCCGAUGGCUGACAAAACUAUCUGCGGUGUGGGACCCCAAACAGGAAGAUUGCUUUGUGGUGGGUAGCAUGGCAAGGCCCCGAAAGGUGAACGUCUUUCAUGAAAAUGGCCAGUCACAGCACUCCUUCGUGGAUGCAGAGAACCUUAACACGGUGCUGUCCGUCACAGCUUUCCACCCCACAAGGAAUGCCUUAGUGGGUGGGAAUGCGUCAGGGCGCCUGCACGUCUUCACCGACUGAGAUGAAGACCUGUUUCCUUUAGCAGGAUUGGAUUAACAAGUAAGGAAACAGUUUUGUCACAGUCGAUGUGUACAACUUGUACAGCGUAGAUGUAAAUCUCACUGCUGUAAACCAGUUAUUACCGUCGUCUCUUGCUUGUUUUACCCUCUCUGUAGAGCUUUCAUACAGUAUUGUCAUAAUUCUCACACUCUAACAAAGUAACAUACCUGUAAUGAAAUGAAACAUCAAUGUUACACUUAAGUCACUAGUCAUGUUCAUAGAGAUGUUACAGUAUGAGCAUUCAUACACUGUGAGUUAACACAGCAUCCUUAACAAAGUAUCUGAAUUUUCACAACCAAAUAGACAUUUAUUGCUACAUUGGGUAGUUGCAGUGCAGACAGAUCUCUUCAAAUUGAUUUACACUCUAUGGCCACUUCAUUAGGUGUACCUUUUUGCUACAGACUUGUAAAGUUUAUCCAGUUUUGGUUUCCCUCUCAUGAGGCUGUACCCACUGAAGCCUUAGUCUCCUGUUCCUAGCAGACAGGAGUGGAACCUGGUGCGAUCGAAAACAAACCUAAAAAAAGACGUAAUAAAAAUGAGUGUGCCAUUUAGUGUAAAUCAACUACACACAUGUAGAACACAACCCUUUUGUGUGAAUAGGACUGCAUCAGCUCUGCACAUAAGGACACUGCUCUAUUCUCCAAAAGUUCCUAAAUGCUCAGACUCUGUCAAGCUGUGUGGGGACUGAAAGUGAGCAGCAGUGGUCUGCCACAAACUCUCGACUGAAUAGACGCCUGGACUCCAGGAGGAGUCGCUCUGUUGUUCUGAGAUGACUUCUCUUUAGCUUUGGCUUCAUGCUUGGGUUUGCUGUCUUGCUGGAAAAUAAAUGUUAAGUCACAGUUCUCUUGAGAACGGCAGCAGAUGUUGCCCAGGGAUUUAUUUGCUGCAUUCAUUUUACCAUCUUCCACUACAAGCUGUCAAGGUUUCGCUGCAGAGAAGCAUCCACACAGCAUAAUGCUGCCACUGCUGACCUUCACGGUGGAGAUGAUGUGUUUCUCCUCGCGUUGUGCUUGGUGUUCACCAAACGCAGCAUUUAUAAUGACAGGCAGGAAAUCUUAGUUUUGAUCCAAACACUUUCUGCUUGACCUUGCUGCUCUCUGGUGUAUAUUCAUGGCCUUGCCAAUUAUCUUCACAUCUCCUGAUUGGAACUUUUCAAUAACCUUGACUCAGAUUUGUCAUAUUUAGUGUUGACUGUCUGAGUGUGGUUUAUGCCACGAUGUUGACAAAUCAGUUGUUGGACCUUUAUGCGAUCUCACAUUAGAUUUAUCACUAGAAAGUGCGACUAAUUGACCAGUUACUUUGUUUUAUACUUAAUUCAGGUCAGUAUGUAGAGACGUAUCCAUGUUCAUCAUAAAAAGUUGACUUUAUUUCUGUUAAUCUGAGAAAAAGUACAUGCAGUGCGUUUAUAACAAAGUGAAAACAUUGUGCAGGCAAUGACUGAAUGUGGCCGUUAAUAAGUUUAUGUUGUUGACUCGGCUGUAUACUUUUCUGUUCUCAUGUCUGUAAUUUGUUAUACUCCAAAUGUCUUAUAGAACCCAACUAAUUUCUAAAGUGGGUUUCUCCUUUUGUAUUGUUUGUUUGUUGUGCAGAGAGUUUGAAACUGUUUAGGCUUGAAGUACCUGUGCCUGUUUAUUUCAUUUAUUUUUAUCAUUAUUAUUUGUGGCAACUGAAGUAAAUAGAAUAAAUAUACUUUUUUUUAUACCAACAUUUGAGUGUGUUUGAAUUUCAGCAGCGGCAGUAUUAAUGUCACCUUGAGAUGGCAGCAUUGCAACAUACAGGCUGAUUGAACUUGUAGCUGGACUAGCUGCCGGAUGUCAAGAAUAGAUGAUAUUUAUUCAUAAAGAGAUUACACCAGUCUUCAGUCAGUGAUUGGAAAGAAGCAGUCUUGUUUGGAGGUAAUAAAUGCAGAACACAUGCUUACAGAGACAUUUCCAUGGUACAGGAAGGAAGCUUACAGUAAGACCUCGUCUGAGGCCUUAUUCCUGUUUACAUUAUUCAGUAAAACGAGUACAAGAGUGUCAAUGGAGUGUCACCCCUCUUUAUCACUGUGCUAGCUCAAGUGAUAUGAAACAGAUUUUAGCAAUACAAAAAAGAAAAGAAUAUACUGAACUGCAUUGCAAAAAAAAAAAAAAA